CGAAUUGACCCGGGGGCCUCUACCAUAUUCUCCUUCUCUCCUCCCCUGUUUCGAAGCCAAAUGACAGGGUCGCCGACAGCGAGGUGUUAUCGGUUUGUGAUACCAUUUAGCAUGAACCUUCGGACGACCAAGUUGACAUUUCGAGACUCCGAGACCUUGGCUCCGCUGGAUUCCUCUCUUAGCCGUCGUCGACCAGCUUCCAUUUGUCAUUGAUCUUCGCGAACCUCUACCGACGACAAGGGCUGUAGCAGAAAUUUCAUCCCGCCAUGUUGAACUCUGUAGCAAUUCGUACCACCAUAAUGACAGACCCCUCUAUCGAACUGCCACGGUCGGCCUAGAAGGUGAUGGGUAGCUUGCAUUGGGGCGACGUUAAACAACACCUCGUCCCUGUACUUGCCGAUUUUGAAUUUGACGAGCGCUUUUCGUUGAACCUUAAUUGUGCCGUAGUCGUUAAGCCAAUGCAACAUAUAGGGCAUUGGAUGUCGACUUGUACUCAGCCCUAAGCGUUUAACAACGUCCUGGCUAACGACGUUAGCUGACUCGACUCUACUGUCACUCCAGGAAUUGGCCAAGUGUAACCACUUCCUAAAGCGUAGUAUAGCGGGUUUAGGUUUAAUUAUCAACCCGGGUCCUAGAUCUGAUGACUACUCAGUGAAUUCUUGUUAUCUAGCAAUGAAACUGGAAUGCAAGUCUAACUAACAAACUAGCAAAGCAGGUAAACGGUUGUAUUCAAGUUAAGAGAGGUGACCCGGAUAUGGUUCCCCCUAGACUGCAGUUAAGCCGGAUUGUAAUUACCAAGUUCAGUUUCUAUGAAGAUUAUACUGCGGAAGGUUCUUAAACAGCCUGAAGUCUCGACUAAAGGUCUUCAGACCCUCUCAAUCUGAAUCUCUAGCGGGCGACUAACCUCCACCGGAGUAGACAGAUUGAGGCCCUAAGAACAAAACCUCCACUACCGGAGUAAAUCCGGUACAGAAUAGUGAGUUGGUUCCUCGACUAAAGUCACCAACUCCCUACCUUCAAUCAAGGAUACUCUAUUAACCUAGGCAGAUAUUCUCAUUCUAGGUUAAAGCAGAAACAACAGGAAUUUGAUCAGGAUUCAAGUCAUUCAAUCAUUAAAACCUCAAUCGAAUAUAAUCAAUCACAGAAUCAGUACUUGGGUUCAUACAAUCAAAGCCUAACACACAAAUCUAGGGUUCUCCAUACCCAGAUGAAUGGGAGAACUACUCCAUAGAGAAGAAAGCAAAAGCAGAAUCAGACACGGAAUUCAUACUGCGAAGGAUGGAUUCCCGCUUCUGGACGUUGAUCGGCACUUCUCCAAGCUCAAGCUGGCCUCCAAUGGUGUUGAAGAUCAAUCUAGGGCACUUGGGAACUCUUGCUCGUCACUUUCUCUCUCUAGGAAUCGCUCUCUUUCUCAAAAACCCGAAUCCCCCCGAAUUGUGGCUGAAAUUCUGCUUAAAAGGAGAAAAUCCCGACUCACACGGCCAGGGUGGCACGGCCGUGCAGCUCACCCAGUUGCCCGUGUGAGUCAAAACGCAUCGUUUCAUUUAGUUCGAAUUCCAGGCUCUUUGCACGGCCAGAAUGGCACGGCCGUGUGGACAUCCCCUCUUGCCCGUGUUUGCUCUCACAAAAUGUGGCACGGCCAACCCGGCCACUUGCACGGCCGUGUCGAUCCUCUGCUCUGCCCGUGUGUGCUCUCGGCAAAACUCGCACGGCCAGGCCAUUACUUCACACGGCCGUGUGAAUAUCAGGGCAGCCCGUGUGACCUCCUUUGUGACUUGUCUCGCGCCCGAUCUUAUGUUCAAGAUCAUAAGAUCAUGCUUCAACUUCAGGAUGGGUCUUUUUGCUUGGGGGAGGUGCUAUCUCUUGGGCUUCUAAAAAGCAAACUUGCAUCACAAGUUCCACUAUGGAGUCAGAAUUUGUGGCCUUGGCUUCUGCCGAUGGAGAGACAGAGAGGUUAAGAGACUUGGUUUAUGACAUCCCUUUAUGGCCUAAACCAAUCUCACCAAUUUCUAUCCUUUGUGAUAAUAAUGCUACUUUGGCUAAGGCAUAUAGUCAUAUGUAUAAUGGAAAGUCUCGCCAUUUGGGAGUAAGACAUAGUAAAAUUCGUGAAUUGAUCACUCACGGAGUUGUGUCUUUACAGUAUGUCAGGACUCAAGAGAAUUUAGCUGAUCAUUUGACGAAAGGGUUAGCUAGAGACUUGGUAGUCAAGUCUGUGAAAGGGAUGGGUUUAAAGUCCAUAUCAUUUCUGAUCAUGGGACACCCAAUUCCCCUCUAAUACAACGUUAGAGGUUGAAUUCAAUGAGGAAAGCUCAUUAUCAGAAAUUGAAGCACACAAUGCAUCAUCCCGAGGUAUGUGCUUGUUGACCUGCAUGAGAGAAGAGGAUGAAGUUUAACUUCUUAAUUGAAUCUUUGACAAAGUGUAUUGUGCAGGUACACAAAAUAAAGGUUCGACCUAUGUAAGCAUGAAGUGUAGCCGCUUCAAGAAACCCGGACUUUGGUUUCGUGUGCACUUAUGAGAAGGAUUGGACACAUGGCGGAGAAUAGUGUCAAGGCGCUUAUGAAGUUUUGAAAACUUAAGUGUAUAUUAUCUUCGAAUAUUCAUAUGAGUCAAUGGGUUCAAUCGUUACCGACACCCUUUGUAUUCGAAUAUUUGUCAAGUGUAAUAUAUUAAGGUGAAAAUUCAAUCGUCACGACAUUUUCAUUUAUGCUUAAGUUUUGUUGGAAGAAGGUUGAGUGUUGUGAUUUUAGUGAAUUUUUUGAAUACACUAAAAUGGGGGAGGAAUGUUGGAAAUUUGGUCGAACCAAAUAUUAUGGGUUAAACCGGUCGUACCAACCAAGACCAUGUUUGGAAUUUGGUCGGAUGCAAAACGCUUUAGAAUUGGGUCAAUUUGAAUUUAAAUUAUUCCAUGCAACAUUUGCCAUGUGCUCCACGUUGCCUUCACUUACUAUGCAUGGAUUAGCUACCUUUCAUGGGUUUUAGUGAUUCCAUGUAACGUUUCAUUAUUUGAAAUGGUGGUUAAUGUUGAUAAUGGCAACGGAUGGAGGCAAUGCUUCAUGAAGAGACAUCUCUUCGCUUUGAUGCAACAUGCCUUUUCGGUCUUUAUAAAUAGAGAUGGUUGGAUGGGUCAUGGGUAAAGGUAGACGAUCACCACACACCAAAAAAAAUUCAUUCUUCUUCCUACUAAAAGUUCUAAGUGUGCUUUAGUUUCUUAAGCCUAGAUUCUAAAGUGGUGGUAGUUUUAUCCUACGAAGAAAUUUCCUGUAACCCUAGGCUUGAUUGAGGGUGGAAAUAUUCUUUACGGAAAGUGAACUUUGUUCACGACUCUAUCACAAUCCUAGUCACCCAGUCUCGAGCUUUCGUACAAAUACCCUCGUCCCUCUGUUUCUAACACGUUGCCCACCUAAAUAUGAAGAAAAAUGGGAUGAUUUUUUUUUUGUGUGUACCGAAUAGAUUAAGCAGACAUGC